AUGCUAGCUGUACCCUGGUUCUUGUUCGCUUUACUCAUAUUUGUAUCAUCGACAGCCGAUGAGACUUGUUCAACUAAUUUUUGUAAAAACAAUGGUCAAUGUUAUCCACUCAACAAUAAUUCGACCACCAAUGUUUCUUUUUCAAAUAUUUCCUUUUGGGGAUGUAUAUGUCAGCCAUGUUUUACAGGUGAAAAAUGUGAAUACUCGAAUAAUAUAAUAUCAUUAUCUCUAACAUCAGCUAUGAUAACUGACAUUCGAAAUGCAGGUCGUCCAUCACAGAAAACUGCACGAGAGUUUGCUUUUGUUUUUGUUACGAGUCUCUUAGUCUUGGUAGCAUUAGCUAACAACAUUCUUAGUUUGUUAACUUUUCUAUCACUGAAAGAUGUCCCGUCGGAUACUCUGACAAAGGUUCGUGGAAAUAAUCAAAUUUAUCUAAUAUUGUAUUCCGUCUACGGUUUAAUUGUGAUGUCGGAAUUAGAAAUACGUGUUAUUCUCAUGUUGUUCAAAAUUGAAUCGUCGGAAUAUCAGUUCUAUUUGUGUAAUGUAGCACCCGUUUUCGGUGCGAUGAUGGUCCAUCUUGGAUUGUGGACUAGUGCAUUGUUUAUUGGCGAACGAAUGCUCUAUGAAAUAUUUAAUAUCCAAGUGAUAUCAACAACCGGUCGUUCUAUAAUUAUUAAUAUAAUAGUUUUUGUACUCGUUGCUUGCUCUCAUAUACAUGAAAUAUUUGGUCGUCGAGCUCGACCGGAUCCUCUGUUGCCCGGUGCAUAUGUGUGUACAUUUGAUUAUGGUGAACAAUAUUUGAAUAAUAUUGAUGUUGCAUUUACUAUUAUACAUUUGGCUGGUCCAUGUUUACUGCACCUAAUCUGUAGCAUUCUGAUUAUAGUCAGACUUAUCGUUACUCAAAAAGGUGCAAAUCGUGCUCACAUCUACGAUGCAAAUCAACAAGUACCACAUGUUUGGCGACAUGUCGUAGGUGAACAUCGUGAUUUUUUCAUACCACCCUUAUUAAUUAUCCUGUGUGCAUUACCACAUUUUCUAUUUGCACACCUGAUGGUACACUGUAUUGAGAUAUCAAAAACCGAUUAUUUACGUUUACAUAUCGCCUUGAAUUUACUUGUUUAUAUACCACAGACAAUAACAUUUGCUAUUUAUGUUUAUCCGAAUAAAGACUAUAGGAAUUUGUAUGCGAAAUCAGUUGGUGGUAAAUUUAUUAGACGUGUUUGUUGUUGCAAAAGGACAUUGCAGUCAACAGAAACGAGAUCACGAAGUGAUACCGAAUUGUCGAUGUUUAACCAAGUUCAACGUGAUAACAAUGUUGAUGAAAACAAACAAAAACGCUAA